CCGCUGUCUCCAUUGGCGGAGGCUGCCACCAAUCAGAGAAGAGGCAUGUAAGGUGCCUUUAGGCUCUACCCAACCCCAAAAAAACAAGAAGCAGGGAGAGAAAGCCAGCGUGUGAGAGGGAGUGUGCAUUUUACUGGGAGAGACCAAAUCAAUCGCAGACUUCACGGAGCGUUGAAGUCCUUCCCUCCGAAGCUCCCCGUGAGAUGACACCGUUCACAAGCAGUAGCGUGGCAGCUUUUUGUUGGAGACCACUACAAUUCCUCCUGGCUGCGGUGGAGAAGAAGAUCUUUGCCCUGUAGCCUCCCCCCUUUAUGAUUGCCUGUCACAAUUUAGGCUCCCCCUCCUCUGUUUGACUCCCUCCCCUUCUCUCUCUGCUACUUACCUCUUCCAUACAGUCCUCAGGCUUACCUGAGCCACAACUGCAGAAACGCUGGACCCUCUCCACCACAUGCACACACACACAUACACACACACUCUCUCCCUCCCUCCCCCCCCUCUCUCUCUCACACAUACUCACACUCAGCAUUUCACCUGGAGAGGGCAGGCGCAAGGGACGGCAUGUGCACAGCGGCAGCUGUCUCUCCUCGCGUCUAGCGUUGCCCAUCUGAGUUGGCUCUUUCUGGAGAGUGGAAAGGAACUCUGAAAAGAGAUUUUUUUUUUUUUCAUUUUCAUUGUCCCUUGGUCGACAGCAGGCAAGACGGGGGGAGCUGUGAGGGAGCACAACCCAGGGACACCAAAGGCAACGCACAUCAUGAUUUUGGGAGGCAUAAACCGGGCCGGGCCGGCGGUGCCAACAUUCUUGCGGACCCCCACCAUGAUCCAGCCCCACUUGGACAUGAAACACUUCCUGCAAUUCCCCAUGGACACCACCCCUCCUCCGCACAGCAUGAGCCUCUUCCACAGCUUCAACACGAUGGACCCGGUGCAGAAGGCUGUGAUUAACCACACCUUUGGAGUUCCACUGGUGAAGACCAAGCGGCCAGUCAUCUCCUGUAACGUUUGCCAGAUCCGCUUCAACUCAGAGAGUCAGGCAGAAGCCCAUUACAAAGGAAACCGGCAUGCCAGGAGGGUGAAAGGCAUUGAGACCUCCAAGACUCGCCCUCAGGACGGGGACAAGCCUCAUUCUGCGCCCAACACCUCCUCCCCGUCUCCGGCCAAUGCCCCCGGCACUGCUCUGGACAGCGGGCCGAAUCAAGCGGACGAAACACAACCCCUGUCGCAAUUAAACGUGGCCCUGCUGGCCCCGGGGCCCCUCCCCGCUCUCAACACCCCACCCACCCCGCCCGUGGACUCCCCCAUGCCCUUGGCGUGCCCGCUCCUGCCCGGCCCCAUGCCCCUCCUGAACCCCGCCGUUUCAUCCUCCCCAGGCUGCGGCCCUGGCAGUGCCCCCUCAGAGCAGCCGGGGUCUGGACCCCCUGUUCCAGGAGCCGGCGGCAUCGCUGCUUCCAGCGCGUCCAACCCGGAGACAGAGGAGGACAAGGCCAAGAAGCUGCUGUACUGUUCACUGUGCAAGGUGGCGGUUAACUCCUUGUCACAGCUGGAGGCCCACAACAAAGGUACCAAACACAAAACUAUCCUGGAAGCGCGGAGCGGGCUGGGCCCCAUCAAGGCGUAUCCUCGCCUGGGCCCCAAGCCCAUCGGAGAGCAGGGAGGGGGGCCGGUGGACCCCAACACUCAGGAACGAACCUUCCACUGUGAGAUCUGCAAUGUACGGGUCAACUCUGAACUGCAACUCAAACAGCACAUAUCAAGUCGAAGGCACCGGGACGGCAUGGCGGGCAAACCCAACCCCCUACUCAGCCGACACAAGAAGAACCGGGGAGCUGAUCUUACGUCUUCACUGAGCUUCUCCAAGGAUCUUACCAAAGCGCUGGGUGCAAGGCUCCUGCACAACCCCUUGGCCGUCGCCGCAGCGAUGGCCGCUGCAGCUUCCUCAAAUCAGAUGGCUCUCCGUGCGGCGGCGGCGGCGGCAGCUCCUGGACACCACCCGCACCUACCGCACCUACCCCACCACCCGCACCAUCACCUAUUGCAAGGCCCUCAUCUCAGCCACGCCAUUCUGAGACCCGCCCCCGGGCCCAUGCGCACCACCCACGGGCCAAUCCUUUUCUCCCCUUACUGACACAUCACCCUCUGACCUCGGCCGGUCAGGAGCAGUCACUCUAAAAGCACACUGUGAAGAUACAAACAUGAUCAACUACGAGGAAUUGUUAAAGGGGUGUAAAAUCCAACCAUUUAAAUACUGAACUGAAAGAAAUGCAAGGGAAAGGAGCACCAGAAAGUAGUAGACAUCUUUCCUCCCUUUACCUGACCCUCCAUUUCAAAGACUUCGUAAUCAUCCACAUAUGGAAGGAGCCGAGGCUUCAUUAUGCAUUGAACUUCCCUGUACACCCCCCCCACACACACACACACAUGCACAUCUUCCUAGGAACAUUAAACCACAAUUAGUGUUGGAUAAUUAGGCCAGGUUUGUUUUCUCCCGUCAUCACGGCUCAACUGGUUCCACUCAUUCUAUGCACCUCAAAAACAAAGACAGUGAUGUAACAUCAGCAGGGCAGCUGCUUCCAUCGGCCUUCGCUGGCCGUGUACAAUGCCACCCUCAGCGGCGGAGGACAGCAACGCUUCAGUUUGUGACACUAGGUCCUCGCUAGAUACGACAUGAGUUGUGCUGACAGGAGGGAGGGGGGG